AUGGGAAGUAUAGUCGCACCCGAGACCCAGUCCAGGUUUGCAGAUCUCGAGCUGCUUCCCUACGACGAGGCCUACAUUGUCCAGAAGAGCUUCGUCGACGAUCCAUCGCCAGACAAGAUCACCCUUGGCGCUGGCGUCUACCGGGACGAGAAUGCCAAGCCAUGGACUCUCCCAUCGGUGAAACUUGCCCUGUCCCGCCUGCCGGACGUGCAUGAUUACCUCCCCAGCGAAGGCUUCCCGCCUUUUGUCCAGGCCGCCCGCGAACUGCUCUUCGGGUCCCUGACUGCUGAGCUCUCUCCCCGGCUUGCCACGAUCCAGACCAUUGCCGGAACCGGUGCCUGUCAUGUCGGCACCGAGCUGCUGAUUCGCCUGCAGCGCAAGCCGACUGCCGUCUGGAUUGCCGACCCGACCUGGAUCAACCACAGCCUGAUAUGGACCAUCGCGGCCGACGAUGUUGAGCAGAAGCGGUAUCCCUACUACGACGCAGCCAAGAGACAAUUCGACUUCCAGGGCACCAUUGCCGCCCUGCGCACCGCACAGUCCGGCGACGUGGUCAUCCUGCAGACCUGCUCGCAAAACCCGACCGGCAAUGAUCCAUCGCAGGAGCAGUGGAAGGAGCUGGCCGAUGUGGUGCAAGAAAGGGGUCUCUUUCCCUUUUUUGACAACGCCUACCAAGGCUUCGCCUCAGGAGACCCCGAUGUCGACGCCUGGGCCAUUCGCCACUUUGCUAGCAGGCCCGGCAUGGAACUCGGCGUAGCCCAGUCCUUUAGCAAGAACAUGGGCCUCUACGGCGAACGCCUUGGCGCCUUUCACCUGCUCCUGGCCGAUCCGGCUAUCCUACCGGCCGCCCAGGCCAACUUGGUCCGCGUCCUGCGUGGCUCCGUGUCCUCCACUGUGUCCUUUGCUGCCCGCGCCGUCGCAGCCGUGCUGACCGAAGACGAUCUGCGCACACAAUGGCGCAUAGAUCUGCGCACUAUAACUGACCGCAUACAGUCGAUGCGCAAGGCGCUGCGGAGCGAGCUUGAGGUGCUGGGCACUCCUGGCACCUGGGGUCAUAUCACUGAUCAGCUCGGUAUGUUUUCAUACACCGGCCUCACAAGGAAGCAGGUAGAAGUGAUGGCAAGCAAAUACCACAUCUAUAUGCUCCCCAACGGUCGCAUAUCUGUUCCCGGAUGUCACUCCGAGAUGGCACCUGAUAUCCGUUCCUUCUUCGGGCCCAAAGGCGGAGCUGCAGCUCCAGCUAAAGCAGCACCUAAGGAAGACGUUCCUGCAAAGAAGGGCCGUAGCAGCCGCAAAGUUCUGGAAGACAGCGACGAAGACGACAUUGUCGAGUAUGCCAAGUGCCAAAUCCGAGAAGUCGACCCAGAACCAGAGCAAGUCAAAGGCGUCGAGGUGUCAGCAAACGAGUAUUUCUCGUCGGAAAAGGCGAAGCCAUCAAAGUCACGAUCAAAUGCAACGAAUCCCGACCUGAAGAACGCCAGCAAGACUGAUAUUGAGAUUCGGCUUAGUCCACGAAAGAAGGACCCGGAGCCUGCACGUCCCAGCGCAGCCGCCUCUACGAAAUCGACGCCGACCAAGAAGGGACGAGCAGUGGCGACAAAGAAGCGGACAACUACAGCAUACAAGUCGCACAACCUCGACGACGACGAUGCCUUUGUUGACGAUGACGAAGACGGCGGGGAUGAUAUAUUUGCGGCUGAUACCAAGAGUAGCAAACGCAAAAAUGACGACUACGUUGAGGACGAAAGCGAUGAGGACGACUUCAUGCCAAAUCCCAAGAGGGUAGCUUCUCGAGCCAAGGCAGCCGCUGCCUCUGUCAAAAUAUCUGAUGAUGAGGAAUCCGACGUGAAGCCAAAAGCCAGAGCCGGCAGGGGAACGAAAGCAACCAAUGACGUCAAGGGAUCGACACGCGCGGCGACUGCCAAAGCUGGCCGCACAUCGUCGGUGGCUGGUAAAAAACGCAAGACACCGGAGCCCGAGGAGUCAGACUUGGAUAUCUUGCCCGUGCCAAAACCCCGAAAGAAGCCUGCUACUGCCACCAAAGCACAAGCAGCGCCCAUGAAGGACAAGACAGAGAAUGGCCUGCCUUCGUCUGUACAGGCGAUUUUGGCUUCUAUUCCCACGGUUCGGCCGCCAACACCGCCGCCAACGGAUACAAAGGCCAAAUUCAACUGGAGAAAGGCGGCUGGUGGUGGUGGAAACUCGACCGCACCGCCAAACGCCGGCGCUGUAGAGCUGCCGGAAGGAGCACCAAACUGCCUUGUGGGCCAGACAUUUGUAUUCACGGGCCUCCUGCAGACUAUUAGCAGAGAUGAAGGGCAAGCUCUGGUCAAGCGCUAUGGUGGCAAGGUGACCACGGCCCCGAGCAGGAACACCAGCUGGGUGGUACUUGGCGACGACGCGGGCCCAAGUAAGCUGGCCAAGAUCAGCCAGCUGAGCCUCCGCACCAUUGAUGAAAACGGCCUGUUCGAGCUGAUCAAGCGGCUACCAGCCGGCGGUGGGGACAGCAAAGAGGCCGAAAAGGCUCGGCAAAAACAGGAAAAGGACGAAGAAAAGAUCAAAGAGGCAGCCGAAGAGAUGGAAAGGGAAGAGGAGGCCCGCCGACUUGAGGCCGAGAAGGCGCAAAAGGUUGCUGCCAAGGUUGCGGAAAAAGCAGCCUCAGCCAGCGGGAAAGGUGGCAGCUCAAACGGCAAGGAUGGAGCCUCACGCUCACAGGCAGCCCCAGCACGUGUACCAACGCCGACGGCGCAGCAACUUUGGACCACCAAGUAUGCACCGACUCAACUGAACCAGAUCUGUGGAAACAAAGCACAGGUUGAGCGGAUUGCAUCUUGGCUGAAAAACUGGCCCAAGGCGAAGAAGUACGACUUCAUGACAAAGGGUGCUGACGGGCUGGGCGCCUCUCGUGCCAUUAUCAUCUCGGGACCUCCUGGCAUAGGAAAGACGACAGCAGCACACCUAGCAGCUAACUUGGCAGAUCACGACGUAAUUGAGACGAACGCCAGUGAUACCCGAAGUAAGAAGCUGGUCGAAAGCGGUAUUGGAGAUACCAUGGACAACACGUCGCUGCUAGGGUUUUUUGCACCAGACGGCAAGAAAGUGGACACGACAAAGAAGAACGUGGUGCUCAUCAUGGACGAGGUGGACGGCAUGUCGGCUGGCGAUCGUGGCGGCAUCGGUGCGCUGGCCAAGUUCUGCAAGAAGACGGAGGUGCCGUUGAUUCUCAUCUGCAACGAACGGCGACUGCCAAAGAUGCGGCCAUUCGACCACGUCGCGUUUGACCUCAGAUUCAACCGGCCGACGGUGGACCAGAUUCGCUCGCGUGUCAUGACGAUCUGCCACCGUGAGGGACUGAAGCUGCCGCCAACGGUUGUGGAUGCUCUCAUCGAGGGCACAAACAAGGACAUCCGGCAGAUCAUCAACAUGCUCUCGACGGCCAAGCUUGACCAGAGUACGAUGACGUAUGAUCAGGGCAAGGCGAUGACAAAGGCAUGGGAAAAGCAUGUUGUGCUCAAGCCGUGGGACAUCUGUCAGAAGAUGCUGGGCGGCGGGCUCUUUGCGCCGGCCAGCAAGGCGACGCUCAAUGACAAGAUUGAGCUGUACUUUAACGACCACGAGUUCAGCUACCUGAUGAUCCAGGAAAACUACCUGAACACCAAGCCGAUGGCGCUGAGCAGCAGCAGAGGGAACUACACGAAGCGCGAAGAGCGACUGAAGUACCUGGAGCUGGUGGACAACGCGGCGCAAAGCAUCAGCGACGGCGAUCUGGUCGACCGGAUGAUCCACGGGCCACAGCAGCAGUGGAGCCUGAUGCCGACACAUGCGGUGUUCAGUACGGUGCGGCCGGCCAGCUUUGUUUCGGGCCAGUUGAUGGGAUCAAACUUUACGUCGUGGCUGGGCAACAACAGCAAGACGGGCAAGCUCAGCCGUUAUGUGCGGGAGAUCCAUUCACACAUGCGCCUGAAGGCGUCUGGCGACCACAACGAGGUGCGGCAGCAAUAUCUGCCGGUGUUGUGGCACCAGCUCAUCAAGCGCAUGGAGCUCGAGGGCAAGGAGGCGAUUGACGAGGUGAUUGAGCUGAUGGACAGCUACUACCUGACGCGGGAGGAUGUGGACGCGAUCAAGGAGCUGGGCCUUGGCCCCCAGUCAGAAGACACGGUCAAGAUUGAUACGCAGGCCAAGUCGGCCUUUACGAGAACGUACAACGGCAUGCCACACCCGAUCCCGUUCAUGAAGGCUAGCAAUGUGACGGUGACAGCGAAGAGAUCGGCCCACGAUGUUCCAGAUCUGGAGGAGGCCAUUGAGGAGGAAGACGAUGCCGACGUGGCCGAGCCGGUGGAGGUCGAUGAGGAUGAGCUUGAUCUCAAGACGGACAAGUACAUCAAGCAGCCCAAGGCCAAGGCGAAGCGAGCACCUAAGAAGGCUGCAGCCAAGAAUGUGGACGACGAUGAGGAAGGCAGCGCAAAGGGCCGCGGGAAGGGGAAAACAGCCGCUGCAAAGAAGGGAAGCAAGGCAAAGAAGUAA